GGAUCUGAAUAUAGCGUUCAACCUAUAAGAUAUAACAGUGGCGACGGGGUUAGCUUAUCAAGAUGUCAUUUACCUUUGAACAAUUUGAAGCCUUGCUGGAGCGUCAAGAGAAACGAUUUGAGCAAUUCCAGGUUCGUAUCAUAGAGACUUUAACGCAGAAAUUGAACUUAAGUCAAACUGGUGCUACAGAUGAUGCUGCCAAAUCUAAUGUCGACCACAUUAUUAAUUCUAUCCAUGAGUUCAAUUUUGAUGGUUCGUCUGGUAUUACUUUCGAAACCUGGUUCAAGAAAUAUGAUGAUUUAUUCAAGGUCGACCUCAGAAAACUUGAUGACGCCGCAAAGGUUAGAAUACUCUUAAGAAAACUUGGCACAGCUGAACAUGAACGCUAUAGCAAUUUCAUUCUUCCAAAGAACCCAAGAGAUUUUACUUUUGAUGAAACCAUUGAGAUUUUGUCACAAAUUUUUGCUGAACAGUCGUCCCUAUUUAAUAUUCGUUAUCGAUGUCUGAAGAUAACAAAAGCAGCUGAGGAUGACUGGGUGAAGCACGCAGGUUUAGUAAACCGUGAAUGUGAACGUUUCAAAUUAUCAACUAUGACAGAAGACCAGUUUAAAUGUUUCGUAUUCGUUUGUAGCCUCCAAUCUUCCGAAGAUGCUGAUAUUAGAACUAGAAUUUUGAGUAAAAUCGAACAGUGCCCAAACAUAACACUACAAGAAGUUACUACCGAGUGCCAAAGGUUAGUGAACUUGAAGCAUGAUACCUCAAUGGUAGAAAAAGGUAACUGUUCUUAUAAUGUCAAUGCAGUCAAGAGAAAAUCCUUGCAAGGUUCCAGCACACGUAAUUAUCGUAAUGACGGCGACAAACCAUCAUCUCCAUGCUGGGCAUGUGGAGGCUGGCACUAUAAGAGGUCUUGCCCGUAUAAAGAUCAUCGUUGUAGUGAGUGUCAUCGAAAAGGCCAUAUAGAAACCAGCUGCAGGAAAAGAAACUAUAAACGACAUUUUGCAAAACCUUACUUCAAGAAAUACAGGUCUGGGGCAUUAACGAAAAGAAUAUUGUUAUCGUAUAACAAAGCUCGAAGGUGCCACCAAAAAAAGUACGUGACCUUGAAUAUUAAUAAACACCGUAGUCGACUUCAGCUUGAUACAGCUUCUGACAUUACUUUAAUAAGCCCAGAAACUUGGAGGAAGAUUGGGCGACCCACAGCGCAUCGAACAACACAACUAGCACACAGUGCAUCCGGCGGAAAGUUAAAUAUUGUUGGGGAAAUACCUUGCAUUGUGUCUAAAGGUGCGGUUACGACAAAUGCAACCAUAUACCUUACGAAGAAUCCAGGACUCGACUUAUUGGGUCUAGAUCUUAUAGAAACACUCAAGCUAGCAGAACAUUCAAUUAAUAGCAUCUGCAGACGAGUUACUUCUGAUAACUCCUUAGAGAGUAACCAGAAAAAUACUGUGUUGCAAAGACAUGACAACGUGUUUAAAGAAGGAUUAGGAGAAUGCACGAAGGCUAAAGCAGUACUAACUUUAAAACCUGCAGUUACUCCCAUUUUUCGACCUAAAAGACCUGUACCCUAUGCUGCCCUCCCAGUGGUAGAACAAGAGAUAGAACGACUUCAAAAAUUGGGUGUCAUUGAGCCAGUGAAUUUCUCAGAAUGGGCUGCACCUAUAGUGGUAGUAAAGAAGACUAAUGGUAGCAUCCGUUUAUGUGCCGAUUACUCAACCGGGCUAAACGAAGCCCUAGAAACUCAUCAGUAUCCACUACCCCUACCUGAAGAUCUUUUUGCUAAGCUGAAUGGUGGUAAGCUCUUUGCGAAGUUAGAUUUAUCGGAAGCUUAUUUACAAAUUCCGGUUGCUGAUGAAUGUAAAAAUCUGCUCACCAUAAACACACACAAGGGCCUAUUCAGGUAUAAUCGACUACCUUUUGGAGUCAAGACGGCCCCAUCUAUAUUUCAGCAAGUGAUGGAUACUAUGCUACAGGAUGUUCCAGGUGCUGCAGCCUAUCUGGAUGAUAUAAUAAUUAUGGGAGUAGAUAAAAUAGACUUAGAAAAGAAGCUCGAUCAGGUGCUGUCGCGAAUAGCCAAAUAUGGAUUUCGACUGCGUGCAGAGAAAUGUAACUUUUGUAUGAAAAAGGUAAGCUACCUCGGAUUUAUAAUCGACAAAGAUGGCAGAAGACCAGAUCCAGAGAAUACUCAGGCAGUGAAAACCAUGCCUAGACCAACGGACGUCCUUACACUACGAUCCUUUCUGGGACUAGUUAGUCAUUAUGGAGCUUUUAUUCCUAACCUUCAUCACCUGCGUGCCCCCUUAAAUAACCUUCUGGCGAAGAAUGUGAAGUGGGAUUGGUCUGCGAAUUGUCAAGCCGCUUUCGAGAAAAUCAAGAAAAUACUAGUCUCGGAUCUGCUGCUCACCCAUUAUGACCCAUCCUUACCCAUUGUAGUAGCAUCAGAUGCUUCAAACCAUGGCAUUGGAGCAGUUAUUUCUCAUAUCAUGCCAGACGGAUCUGAAAAAGCCAUAUCGCAUGCAGCUAGAUCAUUAACUACAGCAGAACGUAGCUACAGUCAGAUCGAAAAGGAAGCAUUGUCGAUUAUCUUUGCCAUAAAAAAGUUCCACAAGAUGAUAUUUGGACGCCAGUUCACCCUACUAACUGACCAUAAACCAUUGUUAGCCAUUUUUGGGUCGAAGAAAGGUAUCCCGGUAUACACAGCAAACAGACUGCAACGGUGGGGAACUACACUCUUAGGUUAUGACUUUAAGAUCAAGUAUCAGCCCACUACUGAUUUCGGACAAGCAGACGCUUUGUCUAGACUGAUUGGUUCGCAAGUAAAACAUGAAGAGGAUACAUUGGUGGCAGCAAUUGAGACGGAAGCAGAAGUACAUCCAGUAUUGGAAGACGCAGUCGAUGGCUUACCAGUCACUUUCAAAGCUAUCAAAGAAGCCACGGUAAACGACAAGACAUUAAGAGAAGUUAGUGGUUAUCUCUUAACCAGGUGGCCGAACCGUCGUUUCCAAAGAGAGAUGCUACAAUAUUUCCGCCGGCGAGACUCACUCAUGAUGGUCGACUCAUGUAUUAUGUUUGGUGACAGAAUUGUGGUUCCAAAAACAUUACGCCACAGGGUUCUGAAACAAUUCCACAGCGGCCAUCCCGGGAUCAAUAAGUUGAAAGCGUUGGCUCGAAGCUAUUCUUACUGGCCUACAAUGGAUCAAGAUAUCGAAAUCAAAUGCCGUAAUUGCUCGUCGUGCCUGCAAGCAGCUAAAAAUCCAAAGAAGUGCGAACCACAACAAUGGGAAAAACCUAAUAGUCCAUGGGAGAGGCUGCACGCCGAUUUCGCUGUCCCAAUAAGAGGAAGAAUGUUUCUCGUCAUAGUGGAUGCACUCACAAAAUGGCCACAAAUCUAUGCCAUGGCAACUUGUACAGCCAGUGAAACGAUCAGCAAGUUAUCCGAACUGUUUAGUUGCUUUGGAGUUCCUGAGACUUUAGUGACCGAUAAUGGGUCACAAUUCACUGCAGAAUCAUUCAAGCAUUUCUGCAACAUUAAUGGAAUUGUACAUAUACGCUCUCCACCCUAUCACCCUCAAUCAAAUGGACAGGUUGAGCGCUUCGUCGACACAUUCAAAAGUGCACUCCUGAAAGGGGAUGGCGAGGGGACAAGUCAGGCAAUUACGAGAUUUCUAACAGCUUAUAGAACUACGCCUAACCACAUCGUCCCAGAUGGAAAAUCCCCUGCCAAAGCGAUGUUCGGGAGAAAAAUUCGAACUGUGUUUGACGCCAUGUUGCCACCUAAACCAAUGGUUGGACGCAGACAAAAUCAGAACAUCCGGAGUUUUAACGUCGGUGAUAAAGUGCUCGUUAAGUCAUACAGCGGGAAAAAGCGUUGGGAACCUGGAGUCAUUGUAAAGAGAAUGGGAAAUGUUCUUUACAAGGUGCGUGGGACUUUCGGAACGUGGAUUAGACACAUUAAUCAAAUACUCAGAGGAAAAAGGAUCCUAGACACCGCAGAUAGCCAAGAGAGGCUUCCGCUAGAAGUAGUUACAGAUACUCCGGUGGCAAGAACCCCAACAGACACCCAUAGACAUGAAAUACCAAGGAAGUCCGAACGCCACAGAAAACCUGUCACCAAACUGCAAGUAGACCCAAAGAAAAAAUCUUAUUCGGGGGAGGUGUUAGGUCGGCCUCCAGAGAACUCCAACAGAGCCUCCAGAGGCUCAAAAAGAGCUCCAACCAAUCAGAGCACGACAGAACAUUCUGGAGUUCCAACGUGGCACGCUAUCAUUGGUCAGUAGCAAUUUAUGUCGUUAAGUGGAUUGGCUGAAUUAGGAUGUUGAUUUAACUUAAGCAAACAUCUAUAAAUACCUACGAUUUUCUGUACAAAGAUGAACCUUGCAAUAAAACAUCUUCUCCGUUACUCGUGUCUUCUUACUGGUCUUCAAGUCGCUGAGUAGUGCUAGUCCUGGGGUUAUCCGAAUAGCUUAGGAUCUGAAUAUAGCGUUCAACCUAUAAGAUAUAACAGUGGCGACGGGGUUAGCUUAUCAAGAUGUCAUUUACCUUUGAACAAUUUGAAGCCUUGCUGGAGCGUCAAGAGAAACGAUUUGAGCAAUUCCAGGUUCGUAUCAUAGAGACUUUAACGCAGAAAUUGAACUUAAGUCAAACUGGUGCUACAGAUGAUGCUGCCAAAUCUAAUGUCGACCACAUUAUUAAUUCUAUCCAUGAGUUCAAUUUUGAUGGUUCGUCUGGUAUUACUUUCGAAACCUGGUUCAAGAAAUAUGAUGAUUUAUUCAAGGUCGACCUCAGAAAACUUGAUGACGCCGCAAAGGUUAGAAUACUCUUAAGAAAACUUGGCACAGCUGAACAUGAACGCUAUAGCAAUUUCAUUCUUCCAAAGAACCCAAGAGAUUUUACUUUUGAUGAAACCAUUGAGAUUUUGUCACAAAUUUUUGCUGAACAGUCGUCCCUAUUUAAUAUUCGUUAUCGAUGUCUGAAGAUAACAAAAGCAGCUGAGGAUGACUGGGUGAAGCACGCAGGUUUAGUAAACCGUGAAUGUGAACGUUUCAAAUUAUCAACUAUGACAGAAGACCAGUUUAAAUGUUUCGUAUUCGUUUGUAGCCUCCAAUCUUCCGAAGAUGCUGAUAUUAGAACUAGAAUUUUGAGUAAAAUCGAACAGUGCCCAAACAUAACACUACAAGAAGUUACUACCGAGUGCCAAAGGUUAGUGAACUUGAAGCAUGAUACCUCAAUGGUAGAAAAAGGUAACUGUUCUUAUAAUGUCAAUGCAGUCAAGAGAAAAUCCUUGCAAGGUUCCAGCACACGUAAUUAUCGUAAUGACGGCGACAAACCAUCAUCUCCAUGCUGGGCAUGUGGAGGCUGGCACUAUAAGAGGUCUUGCCCGUAUAAAGAUCAUCGUUGUAGUGAGUGUCAUCGAAAAGGCCAUAUAGAAACCAGCUGCAGGAAAAGAAACUAUAAACGACAUUUUGCAAAACCUUACUUCAAGAAAUACAGGUCUGGGGCAUUAACGAAAAGAAUAUUGUUAUCGUAUAACAAAGCUCGAAGGUGCCACCAAAAAAAGUACGUGACCUUGAAUAUUAAUAAACACCGUAGUCGACUUCAGCUUGAUACAGCUUCUGACAUUACUUUAAUAAGCCCAGAAACUUGGAGGAAGAUUGGGCGACCCACAGCGCAUCGAACAACACAACUAGCACACAGUGCAUCCGGCGGAAAGUUAAAUAUUGUUGGGGAAAUACCUUGCAUUGUGUCUAAAGGUGCGGUUACGACAAAUGCAACCAUAUACCUUACGAAGAAUCCAGGACUCGACUUAUUGGGUCUAGAUCUUAUAGAAACACUCAAGCUAGCAGAACAUUCAAUUAAUAGCAUCUGCAGACGAGUUACUUCUGAUAACUCCUUAGAGAGUAACCAGAAAAAUACUGUGUUGCAAAGACAUGACAACGUGUUUAAAGAAGGAUUAGGAGAAUGCACGAAGGCUAAAGCAGUACUAACUUUAAAACCUGCAGUUACUCCCAUUUUUCGACCUAAAAGACCUGUACCCUAUGCUGCCCUCCCAGUGGUAGAACAAGAGAUAGAACGACUUCAAAAAUUGGGUGUCAUUGAGCCAGUGAAUUUCUCAGAAUGGGCUGCACCUAUAGUGGUAGUAAAGAAGACUAAUGGUAGCAUCCGUUUAUGUGCCGAUUACUCAACCGGGCUAAACGAAGCCCUAGAAACUCAUCAGUAUCCACUACCCCUACCUGAAGAUCUUUUUGCUAAGCUGAAUGGUGGUAAGCUCUUUGCGAAGUUAGAUUUAUCGGAAGCUUAUUUACAAAUUCCGGUUGCUGAUGAAUGUAAAAAUCUGCUCACCAUAAACACACACAAGGGCCUAUUCAGGUAUAAUCGACUACCUUUUGGAGUCAAGACGGCCCCAUCUAUAUUUCAGCAAGUGAUGGAUACUAUGCUACAGGAUGUUCCAGGUGCUGCAGCCUAUCUGGAUGAUAUAAUAAUUAUGGGAGUAGAUAAAAUAGACUUAGAAAAGAAGCUCGAUCAGGUGCUGUCGCGAAUAGCCAAAUAUGGAUUUCGACUGCGUGCAGAGAAAUGUAACUUUUGUAUGAAAAAGGUAAGCUACCUCGGAUUUAUAAUCGACAAAGAUGGCAGAAGACCAGAUCCAGAGAAUACUCAGGCAGUGAAAACCAUGCCUAGACCAACGGACGUCCUUACACUACGAUCCUUUCUGGGACUAGUUAGUCAUUAUGGAGCUUUUAUUCCUAACCUUCAUCACCUGCGUGCCCCCUUAAAUAACCUUCUGGCGAAGAAUGUGAAGUGGGAUUGGUCUGCGAAUUGCCAAGCCGCUUUCGAGAAAAUCAAGAAAAUACUAGUCUCGGAUCUGCUGCUCACCCAUUAUGACCCAUCCUUACCCAUUGUAGUAGCAUCAGAUGCUUCAAACCAUGGCAUUGGAGCAGUUAUUUCUCAUAUCAUGCCAGACGGAUCUGAAAAAGCCAUAUCGCAUGCAGCUAGAUCAUUAACUACAGCAGAACGUAGCUACAGUCAGAUCGAAAAGGAAGCAUUGUCGAUUAUCUUUGCCAUAAAAAAGUUCCACAAGAUGAUAUUUGGACGCCAGUUCACCCUACUAACUGACCAUAAACCAUUGUUAGCCAUUUUUGGGUCGAAGAAAGGUAUCCCGGUAUACACAGCAAACAGACUGCAACGGUGGGGAACUACACUCUUAGGUUAUGACUUUAAGAUCAAGUAUCAGCCCACUACUGAUUUCGGACAAGCAGACGCUUUGUCUAGACUGAUUGGUUCGCAAGUAAAACAUGAAGAGGAUACAUUGGUGGCAGCAAUUGAGACGGAAGCAGAAGUACAUCCAGUAUUGGAAGACGCAGUCGAUGGCUUACCAGUCACUUUCAAAGCUAUCAAAGAAGCCACGGUAAACGACAAGACAUUAAGAGAAGUUAGUGGUUAUCUCUUAACCAGGUGGCCGAACCGUCGUUUCCAAAGAGAGAUGCUACAAUAUUUCCGCCGGCGAGACUCACUCAUGAUGGUCGACUCAUGUAUUAUGUUUGGUGACAGAAUUGUGGUUCCAAAAACAUUACGCCACAGGGUUCUGAAACAAUUCCACAGCGGCCAUCCCGGGAUCAAUAAGUUGAAAGCGUUGGCUCGAAGCUAUUCUUACUGGCCUACAAUGGAUCAAGAUAUCGAAAUCAAAUGCCGUAAUUGCUCGUCGUGCCUGCAAGCAGCUAAAAAUCCAAAGAAGUGCGAACCACAACAAUGGGAAAAACCUAAUAGUCCAUGGGAGAGGCUGCACGCCGAUUUCGCUGUCCCAAUAAGAGGAAGAAUGUUUCUCGUCAUAGUGGAUGCACUCACAAAAUGGCCACAAAUCUAUGCCAUGGCAACUUGUACAGCCAGUGAAACGAUCAGCAAGUUAUCCGAACUGUUUAGUUGCUUUGGAGUUCCUGAGACUUUAGUGACCGAUAAUGGGUCACAAUUCACUGCAGAAUCAUUCAAGCAUUUCUGCAACAUUAAUGGAAUUGUACAUAUACGCUCUCCACCCUAUCACCCUCAAUCAAAUGGACAGGUUGAGCGCUUCGUCGACACAUUCAAAAGUGCACUCCUGAAAGGGGAUGGCGAGGGGACAAGUCAGGCAAUUACGAGAUUUCUAACAGCUUAUAGAACUACGCCUAACCACAUCGUCCCAGAUGGAAAAUCCCCUGCCAAAGCGAUGUUCGGGAGAAAAAUUCGAACUGUGUUUGACGCCAUGUUGCCACCUAAACCAAUGGUUGGACGCAGACAAAAUCAGAACAUCCGGAGUUUUAACGUCGGUGAUAAAGUGCUCGUUAAGUCAUACAGCGGGAAAAAGCGUUGGGAACCUGGAGUCAUUGUAAAGAGAAUGGGAAAUGUUCUUUACAAGGUGCGUGGGACUUUCGGAACGUGGAUUAGACACAUUAAUCAAAUACUCAGAGGAAAAAGGAUCCUAGACACCGCAGAUAGCCAAGAGAGGCUUCCGCUAGAAGUAGUUACAGAUACUCCGGUGGCAAGAACCCCAACAGACACCCAUAGACAUGAAAUACCAAGGAAGUCCGAACGCCACAGAAAACCUGUCACCAAACUGCAAGUAGACCCAAAGAAAAAAUCUUAUUCGGGGGAGGUGUUAGGUCGGCCUCCAGAGAACUCCAACAGAGCCUCCAGAGGCUCAAAAAGAGCUCCAACCAAUCAGAGCACGACAGAACAUUCUGGAGUUCCAACGUGGCACGCUAUCAUUGGUCAGUAGCAAUUUAUGUCGUUAAGUGGAUUGGCUGAAUUAGGAUGUUGAUUUAACUUAAGCAAACAUCUAUAAAUACCUACGAUUUUCUGUACAAAGAUGAACCUUGCAAUAAAACAUCUUCUCCGU